UCUGAUUGGCCAUGUUCCGGUCAACAAAGACAGGUAUUUCCAGAUCGAAACUGGCUGUGUAUUUGGUUAGUUGUUGUUGUAUUCGCUUGAAGGGUCGACUUCUAGUUCUAGAGAUCACCUAAGUUACCAUGGAGCCAGAAAACCCACCAAAAUAUUCGGAAAUUAUUCUGAACGUGCCGGACUUGCCGUCCGUGUCACCUUCAGUUCAGACUGGCUCCGCAGACAACCAACAAUCUGCUGACGUUAAUAGGAAUCAACAUUUUCCGAAUUCGCCGUCGUUUCCCGCUCGUACUAAAGCAAAUGACACUGGAGCUUCUUCCGUUCUUCCGCCAACAGGGCAGUCUGUCUUAUCAGACAGCAAUCAACAAUCCAAUGGGAAUAGAAACCCACAUUUCCCAAAUUCGCCAACCUUUCCAGCUUCCAGCUCCCCGAACAUGGUGACUGUGGUCAAUGUUGACAACAUUUCUACUCAGCCCGUUUAUCUACCCUCUACCCAACAGCACACUUAUAGCCAGCCCGUCGUUGGACAUAUCGGCGGUGUGUGCCCAUCUUGCAGGAUUGGUUAUCUUCAAGAGAAAUUCACUUGGUUCGGCUGGUGUUGUUGCUUUUUCUGCUUCCCUAUAGGUCUUAUUUGUCUGUUUACCGUGAAGGAGAGGGUUUGCUGCAAUUGCGGAAUAAUUUGUCAGGCGCACAUGAACGCUGAUACGCUUAGUUGUCUGGAUUUUCAAUGUGCUAGUUUAGUUCGUGAUUCCACAUACGGCUUCGCACGCACCAUUAGAACUGCGUAAUAUUUUGAAGUGUACACACCUCUGCAAAUUGCUGAGUAAAAGAAAUGGAUCAGAAACAU